AUGAAGUGUGUUGUCGCCCUCGCGCUCGCGCUCACGGCGCAAGCCAUCGAAAUUGACUGGCGCAUUCCGGGCGCCGAGCAACUCCCACCCGUGACCGUGGACCCGUCGAAUGACGUCGCCUCGACGAUAACAUUCAAGUGGAGCUUUACCCACAACGUCUACGAGAUGCCUAGCGAGGCUGCAAUGAACUCGUGCGAUUUCUCCGGCGCCAAGGAGAUCGCGGGUUCGUCGUCCGGCGGCUCCGUCACCGUCGACGCGCCCGCCGCCGGCGAGACGAAGUACUACGCGUGCGAGGUCGGCAGCCACUGCAACGCGGGCCAGCGCGUGGCGAUCACGAGCGAAGGCGCGCCGGUGGACCCGACGCCCGAUGAGCCGACGAUGAACAUUGUCGAGACGGCCCAAAACACCGAUAUUUUGUCAACGCUCGUGCAAGCCGUCGUCGCCGCGGACCUCGUCGACACGCUGUCCGGCCCCGGCCCGUUCACGGUCUUCGCGCCCACGAACGAUGCAUUCGCCGCAUUGGGUAGCACGGUCGACGACCUGCUCAAGCCCGAGAACAAGGAUCAACUGGUGAAUAUCUGUGUGAAAAUCAACCAGUUUGUCGGGGUGCGGAGAAUUCACGCCCACGAUCAACGGCGACUCGGUCAUCGGUCCGGCGGACGUGCUCGCGACGAACGGUGUAAUCCACGUCAUCGACACGGUCUUGAUGCCCGGGAGUGACGACGAGCCGACGAUGGGCCCGACGGCCAUGGAGGAGUCGGACUCCGCGGGCCGCGCGAGCCUGGCGGUCGCCGCCGCGGCCGCGGUCGCCUACGUGCUC